AUGCCGAAAUGUACGGACCUUCACAGUUGGGAACAAUGGGCUUCGACUUCCACCUUUUUGCAAUCGCUUGAUGCCAUAUCCUGUUCGAAGACAUUUGGAACAUGCGAUGAUUUUCCUCAAUCGUUGUUCCAUACGGAGUUUGAGCGUGGGAUAGAUAUGGCAUUCAUUAUACCAAUGGUCUUCGUUGCGAAAUGCCAAGAUCUUCUAGUUUUCCCACCCAUAGCAGUUCCUUUUAAUUCUGGAGCUUUCUUUGACUUCAUUGAUUUGAUUGAAUUGUUUGAUUACAGUUGA